AUGUCUGACCCGCAAUCAACAGCUCAACUAUCCCCAUUUAAUACCCCAACAGCGGAGCAACAAUCAGGCGAAACCGUCACUGCAGACAAGCCUGCGCAAUACGAAAGAGGAAUGAACCCCAGGCUUCGGUAUAUCAAGCCAUACUGGUGGCCAUACAAGACAUAUGUCAAGGAAAGAUGGAUAGGACGGCAAUUGCUUGAGGUCAUCACUACAGAGUUCCGAGACCGGUCCAUGGAAUACUACGCAAGUACACGUUGUGAGCCCAGACAUGCUCUGGAAUCUGGCGUAACUAGGAUCAACGGAGUGGUCGCUCGUCCCGACUUGAUCCUGCGCAACGGCGAUCGCCUCGACAACACGGUCCAUCGCCAUGAGCCUCCAGUUACCACAGACCCUAUACUGGUACUCCAUAUAGACCGCGAGCGAGAGUUUGUGCCUGUGCAUGCUGCAGGAAGAUAUUUUCGACAUACAGUCCUCGAGAUGUUGCAGUCUGACUAUGGCCUCAAGUGUUUCUCUGUCAACCGAUUGGAUCGUCUCACAUCUGGCUUGAUGAUUUUGGCCCUUUCAGGGAAGACGGCUAGUCAGUUGGCUCAAGAAUUCUCCAAGGGUACCGUCAAGAAGGAAUAUGUGGCGAGAGUGAAUGGUAAAUUCUCAGAGGAAGAAAUCACGGUGAAUCAACCUCUUUUGACUGUGGACCGCCAAAUGGGCCUCGUCAUCAUCACUCCUGAAGGCAAGGAAGCUGUUACCAUCUUUAAAAGGAUUUCAUACGACCCUGUAAGGGACCAAAGUGUUGUGCGAUGUAAGUCUCCGUCUCGCUCAACCCACCAGAUUCGUGUUCACCUGCAGUACCUCGGCCACCCUAUCGCUAACGACCCCUUGUAUGGCACGACUGCAAUCUGGGGACCGUCAUUGGGCAAGGGCGGUGUGGAUCUCGUCCCGUCCGACAGUGGUGUGUCUCGCGAAGAAGCGCUCAAGGCGCGGGCGGGAACGGCGACGCCCCAGACGAACGAUGUAGAUCGAGAGCUCGACAACAUCGACCUCAAUAGCCCUAUCCGAUUGAGUAACCAGGCGAGGGGCAUCAUCGCCAAUCUAAGAAGAGAAAAGGACGCCGCGGAGGAUUGGAUAAAGUGGUCAGAAGUCAUCUUCAACACCAAACAGGCGCAAGAUGACCUGGAAGCUGAAAAGCCGAAAGAUACCAAGCCACAAAAGAUCCCCCGCUUACAAGGUCGCCAAGAAGCUCUCAAGCUGCCUGAUCCUCUCCCCGAUGACACCCCCUCUCCUCUCAAAGCUCCCCUCUACCUCCCUCCUGGGUUUUGUCCCCAAUGCUUUGUGCCCGUCCCAGACGACCCAGACCCCGAGACAUUAUUCAUUUAUCUGCAUGCGUUGCGAUACACGACUGACAAGCUUGGUGCGUUUGAGACUCCGAUGCCCAGAUGGGCGAGCAAGGAGUGGGACGGCGAUUGGAGAGGAUGGGAGGACGGGGCUGUUUUGCCGGACGCGCUCGAGCAGGAUAUAAGGAAGCAGGAAGAGGCUGCCGGGGCGGUAAGCGAGAAAUCGUAG